GAGGAACAGGUCCGCCUUGCUUUAAAUCCAGACACACCUCCUGCUCUAAAAGUAGACAGGUGGACGCUUCCUCACGACGGGACGACGUUGGAAGACGAGGACGACACACAUCUGGACUCAGGUUACACAAACAGAUUCCCAGGAUGUCCAAGAAAAAGGAGUUAAGUUCUGUCAAGAUAAGCAGGAGUCAGGCCAGCGAUCUGGCCAUUGUGAUCGCUCGCAUGCAGAAGAAUGCAGACCAGGUGGAGAAGAACGUCCUGCGAGUAGAACACCUUCUGUCUGUGGACAAGGAGCGAGAGCAGAAGAACCAGGAGCACCUCCAUCAAAAGGAGAACGCAGACAACCUGGCGCAGGCCGAAGAGCUGCUGAAGAACCUCUUCCUUGAUGUGGACAAAGCCAAGAAGCUGAAGCACCCUCAGUCUAAUGAGAUAGAAAGAGACGUGAAGAAUCUCCACGAGCGCUGGGUGAGGGGCUUCGCUGCCUACAGGGAUCUGUACGACCCAGUUCCCAACCUGCAGCUGCCGCCGAAGACCGACUGGAGGGCUUUGCUUGAUGAGAAACAGGGCCAGUUACGGUCAGACUACGGCCCCAAAGUGUCUGAUGUGGAGAAGCAGAUAGCAGAACACAACAUUCUUCACCAGGAGGUGGAGGCCUACGGUGACCAGCUACAGCCCAGCAGCACCCCCUCCAAGGAGCAGUACUCCGCCCUCAAAGAGAAACACUUUGAACUACUUGAAAGCUCGAAGCUCCGGCAGAAACACCUGGCCUCUCUGUACGAAUACUUGCAGAAAUGCACCAAGGAGCUGGUCUACCUGUCCGGCCAGCAGGAGAAGAUCAUGCACAGGGAUUGGAGCGACCGGAUGGUGGACCCCGCAGGCGUUCGCACAGAAUACGAGAAAUUCAAAUCUCACAGUCUGCUCGCGCAUGAGGAAGAAGUCCAGCAGCUGCUGAAGGAUGGAGACGACCUGAUGGAAGCAGGACACCCCGGAGCCGUGGCUGUACAGGUACAUAAGGAUAUGGUGCAGUUUGAGUGGCAGGCCUUCCUCAACCUCUGCUUGGCCCAAGAAACCCACCUGGACAACAUCGACAUCUACAAAAAGUUCCAGCUGGAUGCAGAGACGCUGUCCCAUUCUCUGGAGAGACUCAGCUCCACUCUGGACCCUCAGUCUCUGAGCAACAAGAGCAACCCUGAGAUCCUGCUGGCCCUGGAGGGAGACGAACCGUCUUUGAGGAGGAAUGAGCAGCGCCUGGCUUCUCUGAAGGAGCGCAGCAGCAGCAUCCCUCCUCUGAAGUUACGCAGAGUCCAGCCCAGGAAGCCCACCCCUGUGAUCUCCUUGUGUGACUGGACCAAUGAAGAGGAUGUUGUGACACGUGACGAUCAGCUGAUCCUCAAGUCCAACUUUGAUGGAAACAACUGGGAGCUUCAGAACAGAAGUGGAAAGAUCAAAACCCUCCCUGGGGUGUGUUUUUUGAUCCCACCCCCUGAUGCUGAGGCUUUGGAGACUGUCGACAGGCUGGACAGGAAGUUGGCAGACCUGAAGAGCCAAAGAGCUGCCCUGAUGGCCUCUUUGAGGACUCCCGUGGUUGAGGUGGACCAUCCUCAAAAAGCAGCUGUUCUGCAAAGUUCUCCAGAAGAAAUCCAAGCUGCAGAGCUCCUCAAGGAUCUGGAGCGGAUCAACAGAGCCCUGGAGGAGAGCCAGGAGGACAUUCUGAAGAGACUGAGGACCCCUCUGGAUAACCGCAACCCCACUCAAGAUCUAGCAAGGAGACAUCAGGAGCAUGAGAAAUCUGCUGCAACAGUCCGAGCGCUGGAGUCUGAGAAGUCCACCAUCCAAAGAAAGCUGGAUCCCGCCCUGGCCAAGAAACCUCUGGGGCCCAAAGCCUCCAUCCUUCCGGCCAAACUAAACUCUGCCAACAACAAGAUCGACAACAUCGAAACUCUCAUCGAUCUCUACAAUAAAAAAGCGACAGCCUCCAUGUUCCUGGAAAGGCAAAUCCAACAUGUGGAGGACCUGGUUUCUGGGUUUGAGAAGAAGCUUGUUGAAGAUGGAACCAUUCUUAAUAAACCUUCUGCUCUGGAAAACCGUAAACAGGAAAUUCAGGACGUACAAAAGGAGGUUUUCUCAGCAAAGGACGAGCUGGUGAAGCUGGGCAAAGAUCUGGACCUGACAAAGAAACCAUGCAGCUCCGUGCAGCAGACUUUAGGGGAGUACUGCCCCGACAUCCAGCGCCAGGAGAACCAGGUCAAUCAGCUGAAGAACCGCUACGCAAACAUCAAAAAUCAGCUGCAGGACAGGUUAGCUCUCCUACAGCGAGCAAUCAACAGAAGUCGAGACUUCCAGAAUGCUGUUUCUUCACUGGAUUACGCACUGUUAAAUUUGCCGAACAACUCUGCGAAUAGUACCGAUGGUGUUGCUCAGAUCAUCACCAAGGAGAAGUCCCAGAAGAAAGUGGUGGAGGACAUCGAGAAGAAGACGAAAGAUUUAGCCCAAAUAAAGGCCCUUUCCAAAGAUCUGCAGAGACGCCUGAACGAAUAUGACAUGAAGUCAGUGACUUACCGCAGGAGUCUGAACAAUGAAGAUGACUCUGAGGAGGACCAAGAGGAAGAACAGGUCAUAACAAAGUCUCGAACUUUGGCUCAGAGAGUUCAGAGAACGGAGCAAGAGCUGCUGAACCUUUUCUCUGAAGUUUCCGCUGAAAACAAGGAGCGCCUCUGUCAGCUGGAGACAGCGAAGAACAUCAUGGCGAGGAAGGAAGAGAACAUCAGUCAGGUUGCUGUCAGUCAACAGCUGCAGCUUCAGAACCAGAUGGUGGACCAUCAAGAAUCUGAAAGUCUGAAAAAGGAGUUAAGCGAGGAGAUGAACAGGCGCUUGUGUGCACAGAGAGACCUAGAGACAUACCAAAAGAGGUUUGUGUCUCUGAAGAGCAGGAGAGGGGUGGAGAGGUUGGAGGAGAAGGAGGUGGUCCAGUACUACCGCGACCCCAAACUAGAGUCGGAACUCAGGUCUCUUAAAACCAGAAUCCAAGAUGAAGAUCUGAAGAGAUCCAAAAUCCAGACUGAGAUCAAGGAGAUUAACGAGAAGAUGAUCCAGACAGAGGUCCAGCUGACAAAGGUCGAACCCAAACUGGUGACCAAAGUGCUCACCGAGUAUGAGAGAGACCCCAAGCUGGACAAAGAGGCUGCAAAGAUCAGAGACGAGAUGCAGAAAAUAAAGCAGGAGCUCCAAACCAGGGAGUCAGAGACGGUCCAUGUGAAAACCGAGCUCACGGUUCUGGCCCAGAAAAAACCCAAUAUCCGAGAGAAGAUUGUACAGAAGGAGGUGGUAAGACUAGAGAAAGACCCAGAUAUGAUGAAAGCUGUGUUGGUGCUCAAGAACCUCAUCGAGGAAGAAGAGUUAAUGUUCAAGUCUCUGAAUGACAACAUCUUUAGCAUCAGGGGCCAGGUGAACACGCUGGAGAGGGUCAUCCCCACCAUCCAACCCAAGAUCGUCACCAAGGUGGUCAAAGAAGUGCAGCAAGAUCCAGAAAUGCUGGAGGAGUCCAGGAAGCUAAAGAUGCUCUUGGAGGAGGAGAAGGAUGAGAUCGUAAUCCUCAAGAAGGAUCUGACCACUUUGCAGCUGCAGCACACAGAGCUGGAGAAGCUCAAGCCAAAGGUGGAGCUAAAGGAGCUCAUCCACCAGAUUUACAGAGUCGAUCCUGAAACUGAGGUGGAGCUCCGUCGCUUGAAGAAAGAGCUGCAGGAUUUGGGCAGAGGCCGCGCCGACAAAGAGACAAAGAUGGAAGAGGUGUUAGCAACUCUGGCCAUCUUACGUAAGCAGAAACCCAAAGUGGAGUACAAGGAGGUCACCCAAGAGGUGAUCAAGGAAGAGAAGAGCCCAGAAGUGGUUAGGGAGCUCCAACGUCUGAACAACCAAGCCACCCGUUUGAGAGUCAACUGUGACACCACCUUGGAGCUGCUAGCCCAUCUACGCAAGGAAAGAGAUGAGCUGAAGGCAGAAAAAUCCAAAGUGGAGACGAAGCUUGUCACGAAAGAGCUCAUCAAAUAUGAAGACGAUCCUCUUCUGCUGAAAGAGGCUGAUCGAUUUCGCAGGGAUGUAAGAGAGGAGAUCCACCAGCGGCGCAUCCUGGAGGAAUGUCUGUUUGAUCUCCAGAACAAGUACAUAUCACUGGAAAGAGAGAAGCCUGAAGAGAAGACCACCUGCAUUCCCGUGGUUCGCUAUCAAAACGACCCCAUGCAGAUCCAGCAGCACGAAAAGUUAAACAGGAACCUGGACGAGGAAGUGAAAGGGCGCAGGAAACUGGAACUGGAGGUCAGGAAGCUGCGAGGCCUGGUUCAGGACAAAGAGACUAACCUGGCUGAGUCAGACGAUCGUCAAAGGAAGAUCCAGGCGGAAGCAGAGCUAAGGAAAAUAAAAGCUCGCAUUCUUGAACUGGAGAACACUCCCCCACCUGUGGAGGAGAAAAUCAUCAUCGAGGAGGUCCUGAAAGUGGAGAGAGACCCCAAGCUGGAAAAGCUCACGGACGACGUACGCGCCAACUUGGAGACUGAGAGCACCAAGGUCUCUGACCUGGAGAGAGAACUCAGGAACCUGCAGCUGAGGCUGGAACUGCUGCAAAAAGAAAAAUCAAUAGAAAAAGUCGUUUACAGAGAAGUUGUACGUGUGGAGAAAGACCCGACAGUGGAAGCUGAGAGGGAUCGCCUCAGAGAUUUAGUGUCCAAGGAAAGAAACCACAGGCGAGACCUGGAAGACAACGUUCAGAGGAUAACCAUCCAAAUAAACCAGCUGAGCACAUCAAAGUCCAUGAAGUCCCAGGAGGAGGCAGCUAUCGCUUCUCAGAAGGAGGCGCUGCAAAAGGAGAAGGAGGAUCUCCUCAAACAGCUGAAAGCGCUGGAGUCUCAGAGAAGCAGCAUUAACAUCACCUUCCAGCAGCAGUCCAAGCUGUUGAGUGAGAAGAACCAGCUUGCUCACCAGAGAAGCCUCAAAACCUCCUCUGAAGUCGAACGCCUGGAGAAACAGAUCCUGAAUGAGAAGGACAAAAUUCACCAGAAAGAGACCCUUAUCGCUGAGCUGCUGAAAAGCAUCAAGAAAGAAGAACAUUCAGAAAUUCACACCAGGGAGACCAACCUCUCAACCAAGAUCACCAUCCUGGACCCAGAAACCGGCAAAGACAUGUCUCCCUACAACGCGUACCUGCUGGGUCUAAUUGAUCGAGACCAAUACCUUAAGCUGACAGAGCUGGAGUGCGACUGGGAGGAGAUCACCUCCUCUGGUCCAGAUGGGGACAUCUCAAUUCUGCAGGAUCGAAAAAGUGGUAAGCAGUACUCCAUCAAUGAUGCCCUGAAAGAUGGCCGCUUAACUGAGACUGACUUUAAACGCUUCAAGGACAGAAAGAUGCCCAUUUCUGAGUUUGCACUCAUCGUGGCUGGGGAGCCACAAAAGCCUUACAUCCCUCCCCCACAGGAGAGACUCAACAAAUCUAUCCCUGCUACUCAAACCUCUCCAUUGAACUCCAUGAUACCUUCCCUGAGGUCUUCCCAAACCAACCUGAACUCUCAUCUCAAUGGCAGCUUGAACGACCUCAGUGCAGCAGCCGUGGAGGAGCACUUCCCAAUCUCUGGAAUAUUUGACAUGACCACGGAAAGCCGCAUGUCUGUGAGAAGCGCCAUGACACGCAAGCUCAUAGACGCAGAGACCGGCCUGAAGCUGCUGGAGGCGCAGGCAGCCUCCGGCGGCAUUGUCGACCUCACAAAAAAGGACAAACUGUCCGUGCACAAGGCGGUCCAAAACCACCUCAUUGACUCUAGCCACAUGCACAAGCUCCUGAACGCCCAGAAGGCCUUCACUGGGGUUGAGGAUCCAGUUUCUAAAGUACGUCUCUCAACAUCACAGGCAGCGCAGAAAGGGUAUAUCCCCCCUGAAAAUGCCAAGAGGUACCUGGAGGCGCAGUACCUGACCGGUGGACUAGUCAAUCCCUCUAAGCCGGGCCGCCUGACCAUCCAAGAGGCCCUCGCUACCAGAAUGAUUGACAGCAAAGCAGCAGAGGAGCUGCAAGAUGAAGCCUUCCACACAAAGGAGCUGGUGGACCCCAUCACCAAACAGAAUAUCUCUUACAAGCAGGCUAUGGACCGGUGCAAGAAGGACCCCAGCACCGGGCUACUGCUGCUUCCUGUAGUCUCCACUGACGCUGAAAAUACUCCAUCGUACUCCAACUAUCGCUUCCACUCCCCGCACAGCAAAGUCUAGAAGAAGAUACAGCAAGGUGUCUCCUCCAGCCAACGGUGCUACUACACCAGUGAGUGAAAAGAAAGGCAAAGAAGGAUAUAUUUUGGUACUCUUGGGUUGUUUUUCUCUGUUUUGCUUUGGGUCUUCUGUAAAAAUGAGGGUUGUUUUUGUAAACACUUAUUUCUGCAAUUAAAAAGUACUUAUCAAAAUCAACAAAA